AUGACUUUUAAUCGUGAAAUGACAUUAAAACAUGUAUUCUAUCAGUUUAUUAAUUAUAAACAGGCUCUUUUAGAUGUUCCUUUGUUUCCAAUUCCAGCACUGCCUGCUCAAGAUCAUGUGCUUGCCAAGCUCGCCGACGGACCGCGCUACCAGUACGUGCCCGACACUGACGGCAACAUUCACCUAGCUGACACCUGGCUCACCACGGCAGACGCGGAGGCUGUAGCCAGAUUCGACCCUGAACGUCAGAUCGUAUCUAACCCAACAGUCAGCCAGCCCCUGCUCACUGGCAACAAUGGUCUGCUUGGUCUAACCGACUACAACCCGAAAAGGAGGACCAUUAUAACCUUGCAUGGCUGGAGAGUAGGUGCCACAGCUGCAAUGAACCAAGUUUUGAUACCAGUGUAUAAAUACAGAAAUACCGAUAACCGUUGGGGUAGACGAGUUCUGGAGUGGAGACCGCGUCUAGGCAAACGUAAUGUGGGACGUCCUCAGGCGCGAUGGAGUGACGAUUUGCGUAAGGUGGCUGGCAGGAGCUGGAUGCGGGUAGCCCAAGAUCGAUCUGAGUGGCCUUUCCUCGCGGCUGAGGAUGUGAACGUGAUUGUCGUAGAUUGGAGCGCAGGCGCAGGCAGCAUCAACUACGCCACAGCUGUAGCCAACACCCUUCCAGCUGGUAAGAUUCAUCGACUACGUUACAGCUGUAGCCAACACCCGUUCCGCUGUGUUCUGAAGAAUUAUAGAAGUUGUUGUCACCGUCUAACUGUGGCCAAAAUUCCAACGCGUACAAAGAAAUUUGCUGACUCAAUUCUUUGUCACACUAUCCGUAAAUGGAAUGCUCUGCCUACUCACGUGAUCCCUCCCUCUGACAACCUGGGAUCCUUUAAAAGAGGCGUGAAGAAGCAACAUGUAGGCCGGCAAGAGGAUUUGAUAGUUGGUAGAGUAGAGCCAUCAGAAUCCGAGGCCGCGUCGAGAUGCAGCCAGGGAGGUCGAAUGGGUGGGAAAAACAGGGAGAGGGGAGAACGGUUUAAUAAUACCUUAGAAGCGGCCCUACCCGGCUUCAUCAACAGCGCGAACCGUUUCCGCGCCGACGACGGCGCAUACACAGAAGUUAUCCACACAAACGCUGGAGCUUUGGGCUACAUGAGUCCACUCGGUCAAGUAGACUUCUACCCUAAUGGAGGAGCGAAUAUGCCUGGAUGUGAUACGAAUGAAUGUGAUCACGCUAGGUAA